UGGAAACCGGGCCCGCCCGUCCGGUGCCGCACGGCCCGGGGCCCGGCGGCUUCUUCGGCCGCGUGCGAGCAGGGCCGCCACCCAGCGAGCGGCGUCCGGGUUCGGCGACCUCGGACUGGGUUGAGAUUUCCAGUCGGUGGCUCUCCCUGGGCCAGCUGGCUUUCGUGAGGAUGAGUGAGCUUCACCCCUGGGGAAUUCUCACUUCUGUGAUCCUCCUCCUGGGCUGCUGGGGACUCCCCGAUGUCCAGCAGCAAUUUCUUCAGGCUUUGGAGCCCAAGGAAGUGAUUUCCUACUUUGGUCCUGAUGCUACCUUAGAAGUGCCCCGAUUUGAUGUGGCCCCACUCACCUGCGUCUGUGAGGACCGGCUCGGGGGGCCACCCUGUAGGGCCCCGCGCUGCUCCCUUCGUGCUCUGGGACAGCUCUUCACCUUCUCCUUCCUGCCCGAGCUGGGUCUCCUUGCUGCCUCCUUCACCAGCGAGCGAGUGGUGAACGCCUCGUUCUGGCUGCUGAGGGGGCCCCCGCAUCACUGCUUCACGGGAGGCCGCGCCCUGCUGCCCUGGGGCGCAGUGGCCAGGGUCACGUACUGCUCCGGCCAGUUGGAGGGUGACAUCUUGGUGGGUGCAGAGCGGCUCUACAUCCAGCCGGUGAGGAGGCAGCACUGGGAGCUGGUGCCUCACUGGGCCGGUGCCCAGCCCCACCUGAUCCACAGGCAUGCCCCCACGGUCCCAGGGGUCCUCCAAGGCCGUUCGUCCCCUCGCCUCCGGAGACACGCUGCUGAGGGCAGCGUCCUGCACCUGGAGCUGCUGGUGGCCGUGGGCCCCGAUGUCUACCAGGCUCAUGAGGAGGACACAGAGCGUUACGUGCUCACCAACCUCAACAUGGGGUCGGAACUGCUGAGGGACCCAUCCUUAGGGGCUCAGUUCCGAGUGCACCUGGUGAAGAUGGUCAUUCUGACGCAGCCCGAGGAGGCUCCAAAUAUCACCGCCAACAUCACCUCAUCACUGCAGAGCGUCUGUGAGUGGAGCAGGACUGUCAACCCCGAGGACGACACAGACCCCCGGCACGCCGACCUGGUCCUCUACAUCACCAGGUUCGACCUGGAGUUGCCUGAUGGUAACCGGCAGGUUCGGGGGGUCACCCAGCUGGGGGGCGCCUGCUCCUCCUCCUGGAGCUGCAUCAUCACUGAAGAUACUGGCUUUGACUUGGGCGUCACCAUUGCCCAUGAGAUUGGGCACAGCUUCGGCCUGGAGCACGACGGCGCGUCUGGCAGCGGCUGCGGACCCAGCGGCCACGUGAUGGGGGUCGAUGGCGCCAAGUCUGCCCACGGGGGCCUCACCUGGUCCGCCUGCAGCCGCCAGCAGCUGCUCCACCUGCUCAGCGCAGGACGGGCGAGCUGCGUGUGGGACCCGCCCGGGCCGCCGUCCGGGCCCGCGGGGCUCCCUCUCGAGGCGCACCCCGGUCUCUACUACGGCGCCGACGAGCAGUGCCGCGUCGCCUUUGGCCCUGCAGCGGUUGCCUGCACCUUCACCAGGGAGACCCUCGACACGUGCCAGGCUCUCUCCUGCCACACAGACCCCCUGGAUCAAAGCAGCUGCAGCCGCCUCCUCAUUCCUCUCCUGGAUGGGACAGAGUGUGGCCUGGAGAAGUGGUGCUCCAAGGGUCACUGCCGCUCCUUGGCAGAGCUCACCCCCAUGGAGGCGGUGCACGGGCACUGGUCUGGGUGGGGUCCCCCCAGUCCUUGCUCCCGCUCCUGUGGAGGAGGUGUGGUCAUCAGGAGGCGGCAGUGCAACAACCCUAGACCUGCCUUUGGGGGGCGAGCGUGCGUAGGUAAUGACCUCCAGGCUGAGAUGUGUAACACCCAGGCCUGCGAGAAGACGCAGCUGGAGUUCAUGUCCGAGCAGUGCGCCCAGACCGACGGGGAGCCGCUGCACCUGUCCCCAGGCAACUCCUCCUUCUAUCAAUGGGGCGCUGCUGUGCCAUACAGUCAAGGGGACCCUCUGUGCAGGCACAUGUGCUGGGCCAUCGGCGAAAGCUUCAUCGUGAGGCGUGGGGACCGUUUCCUGGAUGGGACCCGGUGUGUGCCAAGUGGCCCUCAGGAGGAGGGGACCCUGAGCCUGUGCGUGUCGGGCAGCUGCAGGACAUUUGGCUGCGAUGGUAGGAUGGACUCCCAGCAGGUGCCAGACAUGUGCCAGGUGUGUGGCGGGGACAACAGCACGUGCAGCCUGCAGAACGGCUCUUUCACGGCUGGAAGAGCCAGAGAGUAUGUCUCAUUCCUGACGCUGACCCCCAACUUGACCAGUGUAUACAUCGCCAACCACAGGCCUCUCUUCACACACCUGGCAGUGCGGAUCCGAGGGCGCUACGUCGUGGCUGGGAGUGCGAGCAUCUCCCCCAGCACCGCCUACCCCUCCCUCCUGGAGGACAGGCGCGUUGAGUACAGAGUGACCCUCACCGAGGACCGGCUGCCCCACCUGGAGGAGCUCCGCAUCCCGGGACCCACCCAGGAAGACAUGGAGAUCCAGGUUUAUAGGCGUUACGGUGAGGAGUAUGGUGCCCUCACACGCCCAGAUAUCACCUUCACCUACUUCCGGCCUAAGCAGCGGCAGGCCUGGGCGUGGGCCGCCGUUCGGGGGUCCUGCUCGGUGAGCUGUGGGGCAGGGCUGCGCUGGGUGACCUACCGUUGUCAGGACCAGGCCAGGAACGAGUGGAUGGAGGCUGCCCGGUGCGGGAGCCCGCAGCCGGCAGCCUGGCCAGAGCCCUGUGCCCCCGAGCCCUGCCCCCCAUACUGGGCAGCCGGAGACUUCGGCCCAUGCAGCGCCUCCUGUGGGGGUGGCCUCCGGGAGCGGACGGUGCGCUGUGUGGAGGCCCAGGGCCACCUGCUGCGGACGGUGCCCCCGGCCCGGUGUAGAGCGCUGGCCCAGCAGCCAGCCGAGGUGGACACCUGCAGCUCCCAGCCCUGCGCCCCCAGGUGGGAGGUGUCAGAUGCGUGCUCGUCGGCUUGUGGAGCAGACCUGGCUGUACGGAACGUGACAUGUGUGCAGGGGGCUGAUGGCCUGGAGGCACCAGUGACCACUGGGCUCUGCUCCACAGACAAGACGCCACCUGCCCUCGAGCCCUGUGUGGAGAUGGCUUGUCCUCCGGGCUGGGGCCACCUGGACCCCCAGCCUCCACAGGAGGAGGCUGCAUCCCCAUCAAGCAGUGCCGGGCUCGGGGCUCGAGCUGCACACGUGUGGACCCCCCUGGCGGGGCCAUGCUCCGUGUCCUGUGGUCGAGGCCUGAUGGAGCUGCGUUUCAUGUGUGUGGACUCUGCCCUCAGGACACCUGUCCAGGAAGAGCUCUGUGACCUGGCAAGCAAGCCUGAGAAUCGGCGGGAGGUCUGCCAGGCUGCCCUGUGUCCAGCUUGGUGGGAGACCCGAGCCCUGGCACCAUGCCCGGUGACCUGCGGAGGGGGGCAGGUGCUGCUGGCUGUGCGCUGUGUGAGGUUGGACCACGGACGCUCCAUCCCCCUGCCUCAUGCCAAGUGCUGGCCUGUGCCCCGGCCCGGCCCCUUUGAGGACUGCAGCCCGGAGCCCUGCCCUGCCAGGUGGCGGUACAAGCUGGCAGCCUGCAGUGUGAGCUGUGGGGGAGGGGUUGUGCGGAGGAUCCUGUAUUGUGCCCGGGCCCUCGGGGGGGACAAGGAUGAAGAGAUCCUGCCCGAUGCCCAGUGCCAGGGGCUGCCUCGCCCAGAGCAGCAGGAGGCCUGCAGCCCGGAGCCCUGCCCGCCCAGGUGGAAAGUCAUGUCCCUUGGCCCAUGCUCAGCCAGCUGUGGCCUUGGCACCGCCACACGCUCGGUGGCGUGUGUGCAGCUGGACCAAGGUCAGGACACAGAGGUGGACGGGGCAGCCUGUGCAGCUCUGGUGCGCCCGCGGGCCAGCGUCCCCUGUGUUGUUGCGGACUGCAAGUAUGGGUGGCACGUCAGCACCUGGACGCAGUGCUCUGUCUCCUGUGGGGAUGGCACCCAGCGUCGGCGUGUUACCUGCCUUGGACCCCAGGCCCAGGGGCCUGUGCCAGCUGACUUCUGCCAGCACUUGCCCAAGCCAUCGACGGUGCAGGGCUGCUGGGCCGGGCGCUGUGCAGGGCAGGGGACACUCAGCCUGACGCCCCAUGAGGAAGCCACUGCUCCAGACCAGACCACACCUGCCACCGCUGGUGCUUCCCCCGAGUGGCCCCAGCCCCGGGCCCGUCUCCUGCCCCCAGCUGCUGCGCCUCAGGAGCUCCUGCCCAGGCCCCAGGAAAGCCUGGCAGAGUCCAGUGCCUGUGGCCGGCAGCACCUUGAACCAACAGGAGCCAUUGACUUGCGAGGCCCAGGGCAGGCUGACUGUGCAGUGGCUAUCGGGCGGCCCCUGGGUGAGGUGGUGACCCUCCAAGUCCUCGAGAGUUCCCUCAACUGCAGCGCUGGGGACAUGCUGCUGCUUUGGGGCAGGCUCACGUGGAGGAAGACGUGCAGAAAGCUGUCCGGCAUGACUUUCAGUUCCAAAGCCAACACGCUGGUGGUGAGGCAGCGGCGUGAGCGGUCCGGAGCUGGAGGCGGAGUGCUGCUGCGGUAUUCCAGCUGGCCUGCCCCCAGAACCUUCCACCGAGAAUGUGACAUGCAGCUCUUUGGACCCCGGGGUGAAAUAAAAAACCCAUCAGUGAGUCCAGAUGGGAGGAGCGUGGGCGGCUGCCGCAUCUUCAUCAAUGUGGCUCCGCAGGCACGGAUCGCCAUCCACGGCCUGGCCACCCACAUGGGCACCGGCACUGAGGGAACCGGGGCCAGCUACAUAUUGAUCCGAGACAUCCAGAGCCUGAGGACGACGACAUUCCGAAGGCAGCAGGCACUCUACUGGGAGUCAGAGGGCAGCCAGGCUGAGAUAGAAUUUAGUCAGGGCUUCCUGGAAACACACGGCAGCCUGCGCGGCCAGUACUGGACACUGCAGUCUAGAGCUCAGGAGCCCAGCAGGGCCCUGCCCUAGCUUCCUCUCCAAGCACAUCCCUCUGUUGACCCACGCGUGCAGUGGGGUGCACUGCACGCAUGGGUCCAAUCUUAGAAGGCAAAGGAAGGAACUUGACAUUUAUGGGUACCAGUUAGGUGCUUGGUCAGCCCUGGGGGGCUUUCCAAUUUGAAUUCCCUCCAAUUUUAAGAAUCACUUUUAGCGCCUCUUCCUACGUGCACAACGCUGGGGGGAGGGUCGGGGGUACUCUCCGGAAAGGCAGCCCCCAGCACCUCCGGUACCAAUAAA